AUGAUGGUCUUCCUGCGGCCUGGGGCGGAUCGGCAUUGCGGAUCUUCAGGCAGCGGUCCAUCCUCCAAGAGGAAUGGCUUCACUCCUUUAUGCCCCAGUCAAGGAGGCGCUUGCCGACGCUCCUGGCUUUCGGAUCAUCAAAAGGAGCUGGGUGUGCCAAGCUGGCCGACCAACCAGGCAGAAGGAAUGCAUCGUUUGGCACGUCCACGCAAGAUUCGUACAGACUCCAUGUAUCGAGUUGUUGGCAAGUCUUUCGCUAAGCCCCUUUCGGCUUCAGAGGGGGAUGGUUGCCAAGUAAUGCUACAGCAGAUGCUAGAGAUGCUUCUUUCAUGA